CCCCGAAACAUGCUGAGAGACUCCGUGUAUGUGACAAAGUGGGGCCAUAGAAUCCCCGGAGCAUGCGCAAGAGACCCCGUGUAUAUGGAUAAAAUUCUAAUCUGUGGAUCAUCUACUAAACGGAUUCCGUUACCAUCCGUUACUGAAGUCUCUGCCACUCUUUUUCCACAACGCGGAGGCGAGAGUCGUGCCUUUGAAGGUGAAGUGACAGAAAAAAGAAACAUGUGGCCCUCAAUAUUGGACGUAGUCAAAACUAAUCCAUUCGGUGCACCUUUCGUGACAGCGAAAUGUCAGGGGCAAAACGAGCUCUUACGGCCGUUGGUUAAAAAUCGCAACAUUGCGAUGGCAUCCGCUAAUACUGGCGAUAGCUGUGAGUUUGGAUCAAAUAAAUAUUUUCUGCUAUGUGGUCUGGGAGGAAUCUUGUCAUGCGGUAUUACUCAUACCAUGGUCACUCCUUUGGAUUUGGUAAAAUGCAGAAUUCAAGUCGAUCCAGAAAAGUACAAGUCUGUCUUCAAAGGAUUCAAAGUGACAUUGGCUGAAGAUGGUGCUCGAGGUCUAGUAAGGGGAUGGGCUCCAACAUUCUUCGGUUAUUCCAUUCAAGGAAUGUUCAAAUUUGGUCUUUAUGAAGUCUUCAAAGUACAUUAUUCAAAUCUUGCUGGAGAGGAAAAUGCUUAUAAUUAUAGGACAACUUUAUAUCUAGUUUCUUCAGCAUCUGCAGAAUUCUUUGCUGACAUUGGUUUAGCUCCAUUCGAAGCUGCCAAAGUCAGGAUUCAAACUAUGCCAGGAUUUGCAAAUACUUUGAGAGAAGCACUCCCCAAGAUAUAUGGCGAUGAAGGCCUAGGAGGCUUUUACAAAGGGCUGGUACCUUUAUGGCUUCGUCAAAUUCCAUACACAAUGAUGAAGUUCGCUUGCUUUGAGCGUACACUUGAGCUUUUGUACAUGUAUGUGGUUCCUAAACCGAGACAAGAUUGCACAAAAGGUGAACAGUUGGUUGUUACCUUCGCGGCAGGUUAUAUCGCCGGUGUGUUCUGUGCGAUUGUCUCGCAUCCUGCUGACUCUGUUGUAUCGAAAUUGAACCAAGAGAAGGGAGCAUCGGCAAUCAAUGUUAUGAAAAAACUUGGUUUCGGUGGUUUAUGGAAGGGUCUUGGACCUAGGAUUGUCAUGAUCGGUACAUUGACUGGAGCACAGUGGUUCGUAUACGAUGCUGUGAAAGUAUGGCUCCGUAUGCCACGCCCGCCACCACCAGAGAUGCCGGAGUCGCUCAAGAAGAAGCUUGGAUUAGCUUAACUGCCACAGAAUAUGGAUAUUUUUAAUUGAAUUGAGCAACAGUUGUCGUUAGAAAGAAACACACACAUAGCUAAAUUACAUAACUUCCUCAUCAGUGCAUUGUCGAACAAUGUUUUUGCCAUACAAUUCGAAUAUUUAUUCUGUAAUACAGAUGACAGCGCAGGUGCACUGUCUCGAAACUAGAAGUAUUAAUGUGCUACUAACGUAAUUCAUAAUGAAUUAUCAUCAACUGUGUGAUUGUAAAGAUAGUAGCACGUUUAACAAAUAAAAAAAAGCAGAAAUUCAAUUGUAACAGUGAGUUACCUAUUGUAACCAGAAACUGUUACUUUGUACAUAGAGUGAUCACUGUAAAUAAAUGAUUUGUGAUUGCUCGAUUAA